AAAACGUUCAGUGUCUUCCUUUAUAGCUGGGUUACAAAUCAACUAUGUCUGUUAAUUGGGUGCUACAAUAUCAACACAUUAUUUUGAUACUUCACCGAUGUUAGCUAAGGGGAAACGUUAGUUAACCGUUAGCUAGUAAGCUAAGGUUAGCGAAGAUAACCUUUGGGUGGAGACUGUGCCUGUUCUUGUCUCUACAAAUGCACCUCACUCUGAGGUAAAACCCCAAGUAGCUGUAUUGUUAACCCACCUAACGUUAAACCAUACAGCUACUAAGCCAAACGUGACGAUUUACCUUUCGAUUCAACAUUGAAGAUUUGAUUAAUGUUCCACCACUGAAAGAAGAUGAAGAUAUGCAGGAGGUGAAAGUUGACCAGAUGCUUGGCAAGUUGAGGAGGCUUCAACAAGGUAAAAGAGUCCUGGAAGAAGAAAUUAAGGACAUCAAAUCAGUCAGUGACUCUUUGCAGAAAGAGCUAGCAACUUUGCAAAAUGAAGCUUACCAACUGGAAGGAAUCCAUAAGGAAAAAGAAGAGUUGUGCAGGAACCUGCAGUUCCAGUGUGAGGAAUCUGAGCAGGACUCUGCCAGGCUGUUAAAACAGAACAAGAAAAGUGACGAACUGCUGGAACAGUACAGAUGUGAAAUCCAGGAAUUCAAACUUAAACACCGGAAGCAGCGGAUGAAGUUUGAAAACCAACUUCAUCAAUUGAUAGAGCAGCAUAGGAAUCUGCACUCCGUCUUCACUCCAGAAAUGCUCCCCGAUGAAAUACUAAGUGCUGAAAAUAUAAAAUCUCAGCUGUUAUCAGCUGAACAAAUGAAGUUGGCUCAACUGCAUCGCCUCAAUGAGGAGCUAGAAGAGGUGAAGAAACAGAAGCAGCAAAGAGUAACAGCGGCAGAGACUCAGGAGGAGUAAAAACGCAUGUUUCCAGGAAGUUUUUAGAAAAUGAGAGGUAAUAAUUUUAUCAGGUGAAAAACCUUAGAUCUCAGAGUCCCUCCAAAAACCGGUUCGGGGAGAAAACCACAGCUUUGGUUUACCUCAAAAUUAAAUGCAAUUACAUGAACUUACACUAGUGAAAUUCCAAGUUCAAAGUUUGUUGACCAAACUCUCUCUUUUCUCUAUGCGGUUGUUGUUUUUAUAUUAAUUGUUUGGUGAGGCAUGGGUUUGUUUUGUUAUUUUAUGCCAAUUUUGAUGUAUUCAUAAUAUCUGAAAUAUUUUACAUUCUGAGACAGAUGACUGGUGUUUUGUAGAUAGGUAAAUGCCACUAGCAGUGUCCUGUAUAACCCUAUGUUAAUCUUACUAAAAUAUUGUGUAUUGAGAUGAUAUGAAUGUUCAUAUAUUUAAAAUUACAAAGUUAUUUCAA